GGAGCACUGAAGGAAACUUUCAAAGCCGAAAAAGGGCAAGUUUACAACUGUGAGGUGGAUAGUUUGGCUUUGGAGCUGCACAGUUUGAGAGCUCCUUAAAAAGCCAGGGACGGGAUUUAUUCCUAAAGAGGUUUUGUUACUCAUGGACUUGGAGUUUCAUUCUUGGCGUCUGCUCAAAUAAGUCACGUGUUGUUGUUUUCCACUCAUCUUUCAUGGGAAUAAGCGCUCUGACAGUUUGCAAAAACUCGACACUUCAUCUACUAUAUAAAAUAUAUAAAAGACUAGAUGUUUUAUAAACAUUUUUUCAGAGGAACCCAAAAGAAGAAUCAGAGGAACCCAAAAGAAGAUAUUUUGAGAAAUGUCUCGGUGGUUUUGUGUCAACACAAUGGGGUUCAAUAUUGUUUGGUUAUCAACGUUCUUCGAAAUAUCUUCUAUUGUAUUCUGCAGAACCUAGUCAAACACGUAUGAAAUAUCAUGAGGGUGAAUAAAUGAUGACAGAAUAUGUAUAAUAUUGGGUGAACUGUCCCUUUAACGAAUAGAAAACGUAACUUCCUUAAUACCUCAUAAGAGCUUCAAAAUCCAGUGACGUAACCCUCGAGUUUCUCUAAAAUUCUAUACGAGGUCCAUUUAAAUCCGUUAAUGUAGGUGUCAUUCUGAAAUGGUCAUUGUUUGCUCUGAUUGAUGGGAAUUCACUCAGCGCUCAUUGUAUGAAGACAUGUGGAGUGGCAUUCCGAUGUUGUGAUCGUGAAGCAGGAAUCCUAGCGGAUGUGGAGCGUGUGUGUGUGUUUUCUCCAGAUUGUUGCGUCUGGACUGGUGUUUCAUGGAGCACGGCCAUACUUCACAUUCCUCAGCUCCCCUGUCAUUCCUUACACUGCGCUGGGAACAGAAUGUGCUUUCACAAGUCCUCUUCCCAGGAGAACACAAUAUUUACCUUUUCCCCUCUUUUCCUUCUUUCUUUUUUUCCAGGUUCGAUAUCUACAGGAAAGUGCCCAAAGACCUCACCCAGCCCACAUAUACUGGAGCUUUCAUUUCGAUAUGCUGCUGCAUCUUCAUGAUGUUCCUGUUUCUCUCAGAGCUGACGGGAUUCAUAGCCACAGAAAUAGUAAAUGAACUGUAUGUCGAUGACCCUGAUAAGGACAGUGGUGGGAAGAUAGAUGUGAGUGUAAACAUCAGUUUGCCAAACUUACACUGUGAUUUGGUGGGUUUGGACAUUCAAGAUGAGAUGGGCCGUCAUGAAGUGGGACACAUUGAAAAUUCAAUGAAGGUGCCCCUCAACAAUGGUUACGGCUGCCGCUUUGAAGGAGAAUUCAGUAUUAAUAAAGUUCCUGGAAACUUUCACGUGUCGACACACAGCGCCACCGCUCAGCCUCAGAAUCCUGAUAUGACACACUUCAUCCACAAACUGGCCUUCGGGGAGAAGCUGCAGGUGCAGAAUGUCCAGGGUGCUUUUAAUGCUUUGGGUGGAGCCAACAAACUGGAGUCCAAUGGUUUGGCCUCCCACGAUUACAUUCUCAAGAUCGUCCCAACGGUUUACGAGGAUCUGUCAGGAAAGCAGAGAUUUUCUUACCAGUACACCGUGGCAAACAAGGAGUAUGUGGCGUAUAGCCAUACAGGACGUAUCAUCCCUGCUAUCUGGUUUCGCUAUGACCUCAGUCCCAUCACAGUGAAGUACACUGAGAGGAGACAGCCGCUCUACCGCUUCAUUACUACUAUUUGCGCUAUUAUCGGCGGCACAUUUACGGUAGCGGGCAUCAUUGACUCCUGCAUAUUUACAGCAUCGGAAGCCUGGAAAAAAAUCCAGAUCGGGAAAAUGUCAUGAGUUUGACUCAAGAUCUACCGUGUGUUUUAUUUAUUCCAGCCAAACCUCUGUCCCCGUUCACUACACCCUGCUUUUACAACAGUAAAUGACCAGGAUUUUAUUUGAGAUGUAGGUGAUUUCUCUGCUUGUCUGACACAUUUCAUUCACAAACAUGAGGCAGUGUUUAUGUGGAAACGACCUACUUUUCUGCUCAUAUGAAGGACUUCAGGGUUUCCUCGUUCCCGUGCACGCGAGCAGAGAGGUUUAAAGGAACGGUGUAUAGUGUUAUACGAGGAAAAUUAUGUCACUUUAGAAUGAUGAAAUUUCACAAUCAAUUCUCCAACCAGUUUCUCUGGGCUUUUUACAACUAAUCGUUAUUUUACAUGACAUGGAAAUACCAAUUAUUAGUAUUUAGAUAACUGAUGUGAUAUGUGCCUUCAUAGGAAACAAGGGUUUUCUUCAUCUCUUGUUAAAAUGAAUCAACUAUCAACAGGAACUCCAGGUCAUGUCUUUUAGCCCAUAAGCAAUGAACAAUUAGGUUUUUUGAGCAGGACAUGUUUUCAUAGGAUUCAUCUGUUGGUUUUUAAAGCGGUGUAUGAUGGGCUUGUAAUCAUUCAGAUUUAAUCAUGUAGUGGAUUUAUGGUAACUCGAUGAGCUGGGUUUCGUUUCUUUCCAUGGUACAUUUGUUUUUCUUGCGCUCUUAUGUUUGUUUUUUAUAUGUAUACUUUAGUUUAUGUAGUUUUACUUGGUAUUCAGUUAAAGGGAUAUUCUGGGAAUGUUCUGUGUUUUUCUACCAAAACAGUCUUGAAUGAAGGUUUUUUUUAAUGUUUUUUUUACUUCCUCUGUCUUUAUUGUUUAAUUGUUAACCUUUUGUUUUGGAAAGUAAGUUGACAUAAUGUUUAAUCUCCCUAUCAAGUGUUUAUUUCGGAUCAGUUUUUGAGUAUUUGAUGAAUCUGGUUGAACCUGUUACACGGGUUACACUGAGUGUUUUCAGUUUCAGAUACGGGAUGUGUUGAUGCGAGCGAGUAUUACAGUUUACAUGGCAACAGAUGUUUAUCAUCACUACAGCGACAACAUGCAACCGCAACCUACAUUUCAGCAGUUUCUCUAUUGAAAUCUGAAUUUGAUUGAAAAUCAUAUUCUUUGUACAGUUAUUCUUUCAGUUAAAACUCAUUUAAGUCUCUGUUAGUCUUAGCAGCAUUACAAUAAAAUCACUACUGUGGGUUACCACUCUUUUCAUGUUUGUUUACUCUGUUAGCAGGUGACACCACACCAACAACCUGCUUGUUUUUCCUUUGUUUUUGUAAUUGUGUUGUUUAUUGUUUUAAGUAUCGUUUAACACAAUUUUACCAUUAAGUGAACGAAGCCUCUGAAAUAAAUCCAGUAUCA